AUGGCGGUGCCUACUUCCAAGCCGCUCGACGCAUACGUGUCCGGGAGCAAGGCAUGGUUCCCCGAUGCGACCGCUGGGUGGGUCAGCGCGACACAGUCGGCUGACCCGGUGCUGGAUGCGUCCGGGAAUGUCACGCUGACCUUUGUUCUGGACGAGUCUGGGGAGGAGCAGGUGGUGAAUGUGACGGCCGCUGCGCUUGAAAAGAGCGGAGUGGAUGCGCUCCCUCCCCUCCGCAACCCUCCUUUGCUAGAGGCGGCCGACGAUCUGACGAGUUUGAGUCACCUGAACGAGGCGUCGGUGUUGCACACGAUUCUGAACCGUUACCAGCAGCGCACGAUCUACACCUACUCGGGUAUCGUGCUGAUCGCUGUGAAUCCUUUCUUUAACCUGAAUCUGUACAGUCCCGAGAUUAUCCAGGCGUACGCCGGGCGCCGGAAAGGCGAGCUCGAGCCCCACCUGUUCGCCGUCGCCGAGGACGCGUACCGCUGCAUGAUCCGCGACAGGAAGAACCAGACGAUCGUGGUCAGCGGCGAGAGCGGUGCCGGCAAGACCAUGUCGGCCAAGUACAUCAUGCGCUACUUUGCCACGGUCGAGGACCCCGAGCGUCCACAGGCGCGCCGCGCGUCCAAGGAUUCCGGCGGGAUGAGCGCAACAGAGAUGGCGAUUCUCGCGACAAACCCGAUCAUGGAGGCGUUUGGUAACGCCAAGACGACGCGCAACGACAACUCGUCGCGUUUCGGCAAAUACCUCGAGAUCAUCUUUGACCAGAACCAAGAGAUUGCCGGCGCGCGCAUGCGCACCUAUCUCCUGGAGCGCUCGCGUCUCGUGUAUCAGCCCGAGGUGGAACGCAACUACCACAUCUUUUAUCAGCUGUGUGCCGGCGCCUCGGACGAACUCAAGACGGCGCUGCGCAUCGGCCCAGCCUCCUCGUUCAACUACCUGAACCAGGGUGGCGAGGCGAAUCUCGCGAUCCAGGGCGUGGACGAUGCGGAAGAGUUUGCUGCUACGCAAAAGGCCCUCGGCACGGUCGGCAUGGACGCCGCCGCGCAGGCGCACAUCUUCCAGCUGCUUGCUGCGCUGCUGCACCUCGGCAACAUUGCGGUGAGCGCGACGCGCAACGACGCCAACAUUGCGCCGGAAGACGAGAGCCUGGUCUUUGCCGCGCAGCUCCUCGGCAUUGACGCGGCCGAGCUGCGCAAAUGGACGCUGAAGCGCCAGAUGCAGAUGCGUGGCGAAAAGAUCGUGUCGAACCUGUCGCAGGCGCAGGCCGUCGCCGUGCGCGACUCGGUCGCGAAGUACGUGUACACGUGCCUCUUUGACUGGCUCGUGGUGCAGAUGAACAAGUCGCUCGCGCCUGCCGAGGCGCUCGCGCACGAGUCGAUGAUCGGUGUGCUGGACAUUUACGGCUUCGAGUGCUUCAAGGUGAACUCGUACGAGCAGUUCUGCAUCAACUAUGCGAAUGAGCGCCUGCAGCACGAGUUCAACCGCCACGUCUUUAAGCUCGAGCAGGAGGAGUACGUCGCCGAGCAGAUCCCGUGGGAGUUUAUCAGCUUCUCGGACAACCAGCCGUGCAUCGACAUGAUCCAGAGCAAGUUUGGUAUGCUGUCGCUCCUCGACGAGGAGUCGCGUCUGCCGUCCGGCACGGACAGCGGCUUUUUGCAAAAGGUCUACACGCAGCUCCAGAGCAAGAAGGAGUUUGAGCCGUUCCUGGCCAAGCCGCGUUUCGGCGCGCAGUCCGCGUUUACGGUGCGCCACUACGCGCUGGACGUCACCUACGAGGUCGAGGGCUUCAACGAGAAGAACAAGGACACAGUGCCGGACGAGCUCCUCGCGCUCCUCUCGGGCUCCAGCAACGCGUUCCUGAGCCAGGUGCUCGCGAGCCGCGCCGACGACGCGGCUGCUGCGCCGGCCCCGGCAGCGGCCGCGCCAGGCCGCAAGGCCGCGCCGCCGGCCAAGAAGCCGACGCUCGGCUCGCAGUUCAAGUCGUCGCUCGGCGCACUGAUGGACACGAUCAACAGCACCGAAGUGCACUACAUCCGUUGCAUCAAGCCGAACGACGUCAAGGUCGCGUGGGAGGUCGAGCCGCAAAACGUCCUCGGCCAGCUGCGUGCGUGCGGUGUCUUGGAGACGAUCCGCAUCAGCUGUGCGGGCUACCCGUCGCGCUGGACGUUUGCCGACUUUGUCGAACGCUACUACCUCGUGACGCACUCCAAGCACUGGGACAUGAGCUCGAUGGAAAAGGUCGCAGACCUCGCGAAGCACAUCCUCUCGACGACGCUCGAGCCGGCCAUGUACCACGUCGGUCUCACCAAGAUCUUUUUCCGCGCAGGCGUCCUUGCGUCGUUUGAGCAGAUGCGCCGCAACGUGCUCAACAACCGCACGCGCCAGAUCCAGACGGCGUGGCGCCGGCACAGCGCGCAGCAGCGCUACACGACGCUGCAACGCGGCGUGAGCGAGCUGCAGAACCACGGCCGCCGCGUCCUCGCGCAGCGCCGCUACACCGCGGCGCGCAACGAGCGUGCGGCGCUCUUGCUGCAGACGGUGCUGCGUGCGCGCGUGCACCGCCAGCGCUUCCUUAGCAUGCGCCACGCCGUGACGGCGCUCCAGACGGCGGUGCGUGCGAAGCAGGCGCGGGUGCGCGCCAUCGAGACGCAGCAGGCGAACGAUGCCAUCGGCCUGCAGCGCCUGAUCCGUGGUGCACUUGUGCGCCGAGCGCUGGGCCAGCGCCGCAAGCAUGUCACGACGAUCCAGUCGCUGUACCGCCGCCGCCUGGCGCGCCGCGAGCUGCAGUCGCGCCGCACCGAUGCGCGCAGCGCGACGCACCUCAAAGAGGUGUCGUACCGCCUCGAGAACAAGGUCGUGGACCUCACGCAGAGCCUGCAGUCGCGCACGAAGGAGAACCGCGAGCUGCGUGCGACGCUCCAGGACCUCGAGAGCCAGCUGUCCACCUGGCAGAACCGGCACGAGGAGCUCGACGCGCGCGCGCGCGGCCUCCAGGAGGAGGUCGAGCGCCCGUCUGUGCCGGCCGACCAGCACGAGCAGAUGGCGCAAGAGCGCCUCACGCUCGUCGCGCAGCUCGAGCAGGCGCAGCGCCGCAUUGCCGAGCUCGAGCACGAGAUCAGUGUGCUGCAGCACCAGCUGCAGACGCGUGCGUCGGAGGAAGGCGAGCGUGCGCCCGACUCGGUCGUGCAGUCGCUGCGCAGCGAGAUUGCGACGCUGCGCGAGCAGCUCGGCCGUGCGAAUGCGAUGAACGCCAAGAACGGCGGCACGGUGCCGCUCGCCUCGGCCGCCGCACGUGGCCGCAGCAGCGAAGGCAGCGACCACGCGCUGCCUCCCCUGCCCGACGCGGCCGAAGAGGCGCAGGAAGAGCUGCUGGACGAGCCCGAAGUGCCCGCGGAAGAGAUCAUCGAGCUGCUCGAGAACGAGGUGCAGCUCGACGAGGACGUGCUCGAGGGUCUGAUCCGCUACCUCAAGGUGCCUGCGCCCUCGCUGCAGAACCCGCCGUCGAUGAAGGAGGUGCUGUUCCCUGCGCACCUCAUCUCGUUGGUGACCAACGAGAUGUGGAAGUAUGGGCUGGUGCGCGAGUCGGAGCGUUUCCUGGCGAAUGUCAUGCAGACCAUCCAGCAGCAUGUGAUGGACUUCCACGGGGACGACGCGGUGAUCCCCGGCAUCUUUUGGCUGAGCAAUGUGCACGAGAUUUUGUCGUUUGUGUGCAUUGCCGAGAGCGACAUGCUCCAGGGUGUCGGCCCCGGCCUCGACGGAUCCGCGCGUGAGUUUGAGUGGGGCGACUACGAGCGCCUGGUGACCAUUGUGAAGCACGACUUGGACUCGCUCGAGUACAAUAUCUACCACACGUGGAUGCAGCAGUCCAAGAAGCAGCUGAACAAGAUGGUCGUUCCUGCGCUGGUCGAGUCGCAGUCGCUGCCUGGCUUUAUCACGAACGACUCGGGCGGCCGUCUGCUGAACCGUUUGCUCGCCGGCAACAACGCGCCGACGUAUACGAUGGACGAUAUUCUCGCGCUUCUGAACAAGACGUGGAAGUGUCUCAAGAGCUACUAUGUCGAGCCGAGUGUCACGCAGCAGGUCAUCACCGAGCUGCUCAAGAUGAUUGGCGUGACGUCGUUCAACGAUCUCUUGAUGCGCCGCAACUUUUGCUCGUGGAAGCGCGCAAUGCAGAUCCAGUACAACAUCACGCGCCUCGAGGAGUGGUGCAAGUCGCACGACAUGCCCGAAGGCUCGCUCCAGCUCGAGCACCUUUUGCAGGCCACCAAGCUCCUGCAGCUCAAAAAGGCGACGAUGGGCGACAUUGACAUUAUCUACGACGUCUGCUGGAUGCUCACCCCCACGCAGAUCCAGAAGCUGAUCAGCCACUACCAUGUGGCCGACUACGAGAACCCCAUCUCGCCCGAGAUCCUCAAGGCAGUCGCGAGCCGCGUCGUGCCAAACGACCGCAACGACCACCUGCUCCUUCCGCCAGAGGUCGACGAGGCAGGGCCGUACGAACUCCCGGUGCCCCGCGAAGUCACCGGCAUCGAGACGUACUGCCCGGCGUAUCUCAACGUCCCGCUCCUUCGGAACCUCGCAAGCAAAGUGGCCUAA